CUAGCCUCAACGCUAGCCUCUAUGCGUGCGAACGACUGCAUUUCUGAUGGAAGCUAGGUGCGUAUGCAAUCGACGCGUUAUUUUGAUUGAUAUUUGUGUUUUUCUUUGCUUGACUGGUUUAUUGCUUUAUUACGCCGUUUUCCACGCAAGGAAUUCGUUGCAGUCGGUCGUUUGCCGGCUGCUGCUCAACGGCACAUGAGCUCGACGGUCACGGCGACCACUAUUCCUCCUACAUUGCUUCAAACCUCGCAGAUUGCGGCUCUAUACCCAGCGAAUGCCCAAUCUUUGUUAACCAGCCCUUCUAGGCCGCCUCCUCAGCCGCCGACCACCGCCGGCGAGGCUCCGACGCGGGUUGAGACCGCCUCGGAGCCUCCGAGAAAGCGAGCUCGGCACGACUCAAGCGUUGACCCACGCCUCGCCGAGUGCCUCCAGAAGCAGGUCUUUCCGCACGUCGACUUUCAGAUAUCGACUUUGCCGCCGGACAAAGUUGAUACUCUGAAGAUCGGCAAGCAGACUGUUGCGACCUUGACCGGGCCCGAAUUUACACGGGAGUAUACCCGUGGCAAUGGAACGCUCAGCGCAGAGUUCGAGGCCAAGCUGGCGGCCAGGGCGACCGCCCUUGUGCGCACGCUCUCCUGCCAUCCUGACUACCAGCUGACGCGUCCCACCACGAAUGCCGCGCCGUUACCCGUGUUGUCGACCGCGCCGCUCCCGCCACGCGUCGAAACCCCGGUUCCCGUGCCACGAGUACCCGACGGACCUCGAUAUUCGACGUCACCGAUCCCAGUACCUGCACACGACGUACCUCGAUAUUCGACGUCACCAAUCCCAGUCCCUGUUAUACCAGGUCGCACGUUGACGACAAAGGUUCCUAGCAAUGGGACCCAUCCACGUUCGCGCAGCUCUAGCGGAGCAACAUUGGUCAACCGUUCUCGAACACCUCCAGAGGUCAUUGUCCUUGACGAUGAUGACGAUGACAUUCCAGCCAAAACCGCAGUCGUCGACGCCCGCGCGAAGCCGCGACCCAAACCGGAACCGGCCGUGAUUCCGCCGCCGGCUGCAAGGCAUGAUGCCCAAGAGAGCCUGCCAGAAGAUGUGAGGGCGUAUGCCCACGAGCUAGUCUGGAGGGGACGAGUACCGGCAGGGGAUGAGCAGGGAAGUCAAUCAACUUCGAAGUGGUUCUCCAAACAAAGAAAACCAUAUAUCACUGCAGCGGACAGGGUGUCGGCUAUCGCAGGCGCGCAAAGCUUUGUCCACCUGGAUCCUCGAGAACUCACCAGCGCUUACGUGUUCCACGUCGAUUUCACCGUCGAUGAACUUCGGUACUUGCACACCCUGGCUCGACAGACGUUGAAGCUAUCGGCGGAGAAAAAAAGGAAAGAUCCCAAGAGAGGCCUUAGGUCGUUGCUAAAAAGGAAUCGCCACUUGAUUCCGGACAUUCUGGACGCCUUCGCGCGAGAGAAGCAGCUCCCGUGGAGGACUAGAACCGAUGUCGAAAAUUUGUUCCGUGAUCUGAUAGAUCGCCGGACAAGAUCCGACCCCGCUGUCCUGACCCUCGACAGAGACGAUUCAGACCGGCGUGGCGACCUGGUCCGGUCAAGCCGGAUCAACUCUCUCCUCUUUGCGAGAGAGAUUGCUGGGCAGCGUGGAGUUGGCUCGAUGAGGUGCCUCGACCACUUCAAUAACGAAUUCCGAAAAUGGCGUGAAGAUGGGCUUGAGAAACGAGCAGAGUGGACGGGAUGCGCGGGCGAUAUCUUCACCAUCACUUGGGUCUCCAACGACGGAUUCAUCUGUGGGACAACCGAGCACUCCGACACCCACAACCAACAGUACAACAAGCCCGGGAAUCUCGUCCUAGGAUCUUGCAGCGACAUCACCCUCCGUGCGUAUCCCGAGCAUCGAAUCGUCCGGCCUGUCGUAGAGAAGGGGGAGAACUCGACCGACGCCAUGCGACAGAGCCAGGACCCGUGGCUCUACUCUUCGGUGGUGUCGUCCGAUUACGACGCUGUCCACGACCGCGCCUUUACCUGCUCCUUCGACCGGACGGCGAAAAUCUGGAAGGUUGACAAAUCCGGGGCCUCGAUGCGUCUCCUGGGCGAGUGGGUGCAUGGGGGGAACGUCAACUUUGUUGCCGCUUCGAAGCACGAAUCUGGCAUGGUUGCUACGGCGGCUGAUGUCGCCUCGGAGGCCGUCCGCAUCUACAACGUCGACGAAGCCAACAUUUCUGGGAGCCCGUUCAGGUCAUACUCUUGCUCUCGCGUUACUGACGACAGAGGCAACACGGUAUCGACCGAGAAGUGGGCUUACUUCCCUGCUACCAUGCAGUGGGGCCUCUCUGACGGCGUUAAGCACCUCCUGCUUGUCGGAUACUCGCCGAGAAGCCGGACGGGCGAUGAUAAUGACAUCCCCGAACUUCGACGGGAUACAGGAGAGCUCUGUCUGUGGGACGGGCUCACUGGCGAGCGAUGGCGCGUCACCUCUGCCACCACGCAGAACGUCUUUGAAGUCCUGUGGCAUCCCAGCCAGCCGUGCUUCAUCGCCGCUACGUCGCCGUUGGGCCUAGAUCUGGAGCCUAGCGUGCGAACCCAGAUCAGGAUCUUCCGGCCUGCGGACAAGGAUGAGUUUGGCAUGAAAGCGUACAGCCCCGUCAUGGCGCUGGAUUGCACAGCCAUGGACAUCAACGAGUUGACAAUCAUGCCAAACAGCUUCUCCUUUUGCUAUAUUACCGCUGGGUGCACGGAUGGCAAUACAUACGUAUGGGACACGGCCCGCGGGGAGAAGCCUAUACAUAUCCUGCGCCACGGCGAGCCUAUCGACGAGUACCGCGGUGACAGGGAACGAGAGGACGUCGGUGUCAAAUUCACCGCCUGGGGCACUACCCCUGAUCGCUUCUACACCGGCUCAUCAGAUGGCGUCCUCAAAGUCUGGAAUGUCCGCUCGCUGAGUAGGCCGCUCGUACGAAACCUGCUAGAGGCCCCAGCGCCCAUCACAGCCGGCAUGUUCUCCCCGGACAAGUCGAGGCUCGUUGUCGGUGACGCUAGCGGUCGCGUGUAUAUGCUAUCGAUCAACGAGGAGAGGGAGCAGGCCCUCACAGCCAUCCAAGUCCCACUCCCAGGCUCGGGCUACAAGACCGUUUACCACGCGCCAUCGAUCAUCCCGCAUCCCGACCCCCCUGCGCCUACACACGACGCGCAGGGCCGUCCCAUUGUGGCCGAGACCGGCCCGGCCCUAGGCCGCGCCUAUCUUGCAAAUGGGCACCUCGAGCGCCAUCCUGACCCUACUAUUGGAGUUGUACAGGGCCCUCGAUACGCCGAAACAGGGCUCUUCCGCCGGGAGCUGCAUUUCUACGACAACCCGAGCCUCCCAUUGCUUGCAAAGACGGAGGCAAUGCAGCAGGAGGCGCUGAAGCCACGGCGAUCGUUCCUACCGACAAAGAAGAGGUGGGAACAAGCAUACAUGCUCCGGCCAGUGAAGGGUGUAGACAGUGUACAACACCUGCAUGCUAGGAACAGAAGGUUGGAUUUGGACAUUGAGAGAGCGCUGGAGGAGGCUAGGCUUGCCCUAGAGAGAGAGCGGAUCAACGAAAUAGGGGAUGAUGAUGAUCUCGACUUUGAGGACUAGAUAGUGCAAGCCCAGAGGGUGUGAUAGAGGAGAUCUUUGUUGUAAGGUUAGCUCGAGGUAAUAAAUUACUAAAAUUCACAAAAUACUUUCUCCAAA